ACAUUCGAUCGCGACAUCAUUGCUUCUCAGCAGCUUUAUCGGAGGCUGGUGGAGCUCACUGCUCUGCUCACACUCCUGGCCCUCACAGAUGUUUUCAGUGAGAGCAGCUUGCACAAGAUCCUGAAGAAAAUAAAUGUGGUGGGUAACAGUAGCACUCCCUCUAAGUCUGGAGUGGCAGUCGCUCCCACCAAGGCCAAAGAGUUGCUGGCCAAGCUACGAAGGCCCAAGUGGAACAUCUGGAACCGCAGCAGGUCAGACGUGCAGCAGUGGAUCAUGCAGUUCAUGUACAUGGGCUUUGAUGAGACGGUGAGUGGGGACAGGUUGGAUGGGGUAGGGCUCUGA